AUGGUUAUAUUUAUUAUUUUUGGUUGGUUGAGAAAUGAAGAUUCAUCAGUCGUUUCUCGUUUAUCUCGAUUAAUCGAAGCUGUAACAAAUUUAAGUGUGAGAACAACUGAAGAUCUUCAGUUGAGUGAUGUCGAACAAGGUGAUGCAACAGUUUUUCCUGUAGUUGGCGAUCACUUGAAUCAAGAAAAAAGAAGUGCUACAUUUUAG